AGCCGGCUGGCUGCGCGCGCGCACACUCGCUUGCGCCUCUCACUCGCCGCACGAUCGAUUUUCCGCCCUUUGUGAUUUCCACCGGCGCGUGAACUACGCGAGUGAGAUAUCAAAAUGAGUUCAAAUGAGUUCAGGUUGGAGCGCAGCGUUGAGCUGUCGCCAGAAACUAGAGCAAUUGCUGAGAAGGAGUUACGCGAGACUCCGGAGAGAGUGCGCGAGGCACUCGAGAGGCUACGGGAGCUCCUCAAGGAGAAUAAGGACUUGUGCUUCGGAGAGGACGACGAGCUGCUCACCAUCUUCCUCCGACCUUGCAAGUGGUACCCAGAGAGCGCUAUUGCACUUAUGCGUCGUGUUGCUGAGUUCAAACGGGACAAUGCAUCAUUGCUGGACAACCUGCUGCCUGAACAAGAAAGUGUUGCAUUCCUCGAACACAAAGUUGUCAAUGUUCUGAAGGGCCGCGACCAUAAGGGCAGGAGAGUUCUCAUCGUUAAUGUUGGAGGUUCAUGGGACCCGAAGAAAGUGAAUGCUGACCAGCUGUUCAAGCUGUUCUACUUGAUCCACGAGGCGGCCAUGUUGGAGCCUGAGUCACAGGUCCGAGGCACUGUCGUCAUCAUGGACUUCUAUGACAUGGGAUGGACACAGACAAUGGGUCUAACACCAGCGUUCUCCAAGCGCCUGCUGACAUUCAUCCAGGACGCCAUGCCUCUCCGACUGAAGGAGGUGCACUUCGUGAAGCAGCCCAUGAUCUUCAACGUCGUCUGGAACAUGUUCAAGCCCUUCAUCAGGGAGAAGCUUAAGAACAGAAUCUUCUUCCACGGCUCAAAGAUGUCGUCUCUGCACAAGCACAUGGCGCCGUCACACUUGCCGGCUGACUACGGCGGCGAGCUGCCCGCCAUCGACUACUCCGGCGCCGAGUGGUACCCCGUCAUCAAUGACGUCUUGCCGCACAUCCACAACUGGAACACCUACGGGUUCGCCAAAAAAUAGUACCAUUCUAGCAGCACGCUUGUGACUGCCAGCCGUGGUUCCAAGCGAAGACACAUCAGCAACAUAGUACAAUAUAUUUAUAACCUCAUCCUCUUCUGAUCCGAGAUGUCCAAUCUCAUUAACGCAUUCCAAAACGGUCACAAUUUUUUUUUAUUAAUCUGCAGAUUCGAGUAGCUACUUUCUGUAUCGGAAAUCACGUUUGGCAGAUCACACUCGUUUAAACUAUUCUCAAUGUAAUUUAGAUUAAGGAUUUCUGUAAGACUUAAACAAAGUGGAGUACGUGUUCGAAUAGCCGUUGUUCUUAAGUCCUGGCUUAGAGUGGUGAUUAGAUAAUUGUUAGAUAAUGCCAUGUGCCCGAGCACCAGUAGUAUAAUGCCCGAGCUCUUCCAUAAUCAGGGUUCUUUGUUCUGUAAGUAUAGAUAUUACCAAAUUUAGAAUUAAAAUUAAGAAACUAAGGAAGACGAUACUUGGUAGCUUAUAACAGUUCCAAAAAUUAUGAUUGCGAGUGAAUGUUUAACAAAUAUUAUGUGAUAAAUAUUGACAAGUAAUAUAAGGCUAUAGUUUUAAGGUUUUAAGUUAACUGAUCGACACAGGCUAGAUAGCUGCGGUUAAGGAAUUAAUCGCUAGUACGUUUCAUCUAUGCAGGUUUUAUGUAAGUUUUAUUUCAACGACUGUUUGGUUGGUGUUAUAUUUAGGAUAAAUUGCAUGUUUGUGGUACAUAAUUAAUGUCAAUUUCUAUGGGAAUGUGAGCGAAUUUCAUGACAUGGUAGGUUUGAACUUUGUGACGAAGGCAGUUUUAUUUAUUUAGGCGUAGGAAAGGAAUUAUGUUCACUAUGAUUGAGCACAACUCGCAUGUUGGUCGGUUGUGACUUGAUGACGUACGGUGUACGGUACCAGCCCUGUAUAAUCAACAAAAGUAGUGUAACUUGUUACACUGUACAUUUGAACAUAUUUUUAUAACUUGUGAAGAAAGGUCCGUGUUUUCAAAACAUAGUACACAUUUUACUGUAACUUAUACAAUUCUGUUUUCCAUUUACAGUAGCUAGGGAUACGUAGUAUUUGUAUUUUCGUUCUGUGUGCACAUGACUGUGUGGUGUCAUUGCAUUUAAUAAAACAUGUGGUUGAAAUUUAGAAAAUGUUAUCAAAUUCAAAGAUUAUGUAUCCUUGAUAAUUGUAAUGACGUAAAUGAGUUUCUAGCAUUUAAGUGAUAAAUCUAAAAAAAGUUGAGAGGAAAACCUUUGGUUAAUGUCAACAUCGAUAUGAUAUCUCUAUGCCAAUGUGCCUUUAAUAGACGCAUUCCAAAAAUAUUUUUAUAUUGUUUUAUAGGUUUGUAAAGUGUAUGAAAGAUGAAAAUACCUGAAUUGCUCAAUAUACAUAUGUCUAUAAUUCGGGAUGCAUUGAAUUCCUUAUGCGUCCCGAUUAGGUAUUACGAAAUGAAUAAAAUGAUCAAACUUA